GAUAAAAAUGCUUAAUUCAUCAACCGAAUUUGAUCGGAACUGGCUGUUCUAUUUGGUCAAUCCGGUUAAACUCUCAGAGGAUGCGGACAGAUUAUCCGUGUCAGAUCAGCUGUCCCUUUUGAGGCAAUUUCUAUCACAAGCUGAGCUGACGGAUCGCAAGGCUGUGCUCACUGCUAUUACGAAGACUGAACAUUCAGGCGAGGUGGAUUCCACGGUUGUAGAGCGUGGCCGUGACCAGAGUAUAUUUGAUUACGAACCGGAUUCGAGUCUGCCGUAUAGAAAAUCUGCCAUACUAAACGCUCUGGCUUUGCAGUUGGCUGCUUCACUUAAAUUUAGCCUGAAUUUGUUCACCAUCACCUGCGAACUUCCUGUGAGACUGCAAGCAAGGCUUUAUCGUGCCUUAGUUACCUUUAUGUCAAAGAAUUCCUCCGUUCUCUUGCCUUUCUUUGAUCAAGCGACUGACAAGGAUAACAUAUUCAUCGUAAAUCCAUACAGUAGUUUCACUUGGAGUACUCUGCAUAGUACCACUAUCUACGCUCUCAUGUCGUACCACCUAUGGUGUCUUCAGAUUUUCCUGACUUCGAAUUUGCUUCCACAUCCAUUUCGAAACCUAACUCCAACUGUCGCUGGGCUUACUGAAGUCCCCGAUUCAGCAUUUUUCGCUGAAAAUCGUAUGGAACUUGGUGUCAUAUUGGGUCGUAUUGAGGAAUCUGUAGCUUUGCUAACCGAUAUCCUCUCUCAUCUUGACAGUUUGAGCGUAGCCAGGCCACUUCCUAAGUCAUUCCCAAUUGCGGGUCCCGGGUUGUCCCAUAUUUCAGCCAAUUCCGGUUGCUUACCAACUGAAAUUACAAAUUCCACCACUUCAACCUUGUUAACGUUGCAUUCCGAACCACUUUCCAAACCUCGUUUGUCGGUCUUCCUGAAUUUUGUAUUGGGACGGCAUGCGUUUCAGAAACAGCAAUUUGAUCGAGCGGAGGAGCUCCUUUUUAUGGCGUUUUCAGAUAUGAUCGACGCAAAGCUUGACUAUGUUGAAGAAGUUGGAGCGACACCGCAUCUCCUUGAGGUGUAUUUAAAGGCAUGCAAAUCCCAAAAACCAGAACAAGCGUGCGAUAACCUUGCCCGGCUGAGCACACAUCCUGGAAAGUUUAUCGAGGCUUUCUGCCAGAAGCUAGAGCUAGCUUUGAACUGUGACGAAUCUUCAGACUCUAUUUUCUGGACAGAACAGCUGAGCAGCCAACCCAACGACUUCGAUUACUCCCUUCGCUCGGCUAUUUUAUCGGGGAAGUCUGAGUCAAUAACUCCUACUGUAGAAGACCACUUGAUUCAAUUGUUGUUGGAAGACUUGCAUUUAGGAGAAAACACUGAAUCCCUUGACUUAGUUAUGCCUAUUGGCAACAGUUUGCGGACUAAGUUGGAACGGCUUUGUUUAGAGUACUUUGAGUUUGAAUCAAACCGCUCUUCCAAGGACACUUCACCGCACAGAAAGCAAUUCAAAUCCGAAAGAUUGGUGGACACGAGCCGAACGGGAGCAUUUGCCGCAGCUCAGCAACUGUAUACCAAGAUUCUUGUAUGCAAUACAAUAGAACGUCUUGUUAAUGGGCACUUCUCUGAGCCUGCUCGUUUAGCAACCCUGUUACUGACCACACCUUCCGUCGUGUCUUCAAAGAAGAACUCAGAUACGAACAACGGAUUGUGCCACAUUGAUGCUUUAUUCGGGGCGAACUUUCUGCUGGACUGCUUGGGUCGCUUUUUGCAAGUUGCAUCGACGCGAAACAUCAAAGCGUUUCAUGAUCGAAGGCAAUUCGUUCAGCAGUUUGUGAUUCAUCUACUCCACCAAGGAAUUAUCUUACUGGGGAGUAGUUUAACAGCCCCAUCAUCGAUCCAUCCCGAAUCGACCACCAUCAGGAAUACUUUUACACGAAUAGUGUACGCUGUGCUCUCGCAUUAUUUGUUUCCUCUACUUUCCAACCAAUGUCAGUCUUUUGUUCGGUCUGUUUCCUCUUACUACCUUAACAACGCCGCAUCCCGCUUCUCAGAUGGAGUUUUUUCCACCAUACCAAUCACACCAUCAUCUGUUGACCCGACUCCUUCCGUCCAAUUUGGAUUGGGUUCCUUGGCUCGCGAGUUCAGGAUAAAGUCACAAAUAGCCGGUCAUAGCAUAAUUGGCAGGAAACUUGAUGUAGCCAAACCCGAGGAUUUAUUUAAUUCGUGCCAAGACGUGGAUAUGCGGAACCUUUCCUCUGCAUCGUUUGAAUUCCAAUCCACCCAACAUUCCGCCAACAGCUCGGCCCCCUUUGGUCGGGCUUUCGCUCAAGGUGACGAGUUAUGCUCCGAUCCCACGUCUGUUGUGAGCAAUAGCGCGCUGAUACAUCUAUUACUGACAACUUACAAUCCAAAUGAAGUCAACACCACAAUCAAUUCCCUGCUUUCGUUUAUGCCUGCAAAUCGUAUACUGGAAUUGAACUCGGCCUGGUUACCAACUAUUCAUCGGAUGCUUACCAUUGGCGCAACUGUGGGCCCAUCAUUGCCCUUGGGUUCAGAUGACUAUUCCCUGGAUGCACUACUCGCCCAGGCUUCCAAUCCAACCACAUUGUGCAUAGUCCUCGUUCAGUUGGCAAAAGCAGCUCUACUGCUGCAAUCUCACUCGACCUGCAGCAUUAGUCACGUUCGGCCAUUACUGAUUGUCUCCAUGAACGGAUUGGCGAGUCCCUCAAUUUCACAUUCUUUACCUUCGCACCCUGGACGCACCAACGAUGCUUACAAGUUGCUACGCGCUGCUGCCCAGCAUGAACUACUUUUGAGUGAAUUGUUGGAGGUGUUGGAUCCGGCAGCCGAAUUAGAUUCACAAAAUGAGACAAAGAAGAACUCUUCGACUCGUCGUUUCCAGCUCAAUGAUCUGUCUCGCCGAUGCAAAAUUUGCCUAUUCCAUGCCGCUGGACUGCAUUCCAGUGCUUCAGAGUUGGAAACAAAGUUAUCCUCUAGCAUUCCUGUUGGACUGUCUAUGCAAUUGGUGUGCGCUGCCACUCGCUUCCUGCUGAUGAACCAAGAGCAGAACUUUCUUCUUCCUACCGCAAAACAAAUGAAACCCUCAGGUCUUGGUUUACCGAAGGGACCUCUGUCCUCUCGUGGUCACUAUCUGGGUCCUUUGGAACUUGUCCGCGCCUUACUACGACUGCAUCGGGCAGUUAGUGCAUAUCAGGCAGUCAAAGUAAACCCAGAACCAGCAAGUGGCGAUAAAGAGGGGGAUGUAUCAACAACUUCCGAUGGAACUGAUGACGUCACUGGUCGUCGAUCGGGAGGUCCACAGUCCCACUCACUGAAGACCGCUAUAAACAACCUGUGGAACCUCCUCAUAUUUGGUUGCCUGGUUCCUGAGUUAGCUCCACAAGAGCAUCAAAAACACGAUGGCAUCGGGAGCUCCGGUACAGAUACCAAAUGCGUUCGCCCACAAAUCCAACUAAGCGCUCUUCUGUUAGUGGCGCAAUCCCUCGCUUGUACCACAUCAACCUUUCCAAAACUUCCGUCGUCUCAACCGUCUGAGACACGAUGGCAGCUGAAUGAAUUUAAUCCACGGAGACACAUAAGUUUGUGUCUCUUGGACUACUUGGUUUUUUGCAUGGCGCACAUUACACACGCUGUUGUGUCCGAAUUUCGCAUACCAGAUUUCCUCGGAAAUAACAGUGAGGCGAUUGAUUUAACUGAUCGGCAAGAUCAAGUAGACGGUCCGACGACCACGAAAGGAAGUAAUGGUAGUCUCGAGUCAGAGAGGUCCACGCAAAAGCAUCCAAUGAAGCGAAAACGAAGUAGGUGGGGACCUCCCAAUGGGGAGACAGAGACGGAAGGAACACAAGACAGCGGCGGCCACACUCCUUCUCUCUUGUUCAGCAGUUUGUGGCCUACAGAUGUUCCUUCAAAUGUCCAACUCUCGAGCAGUGCGCUCUGUGAUCUGUUGCACAAGAUCAUCACAACCGCUUUGGUAACAUGUCCCGAACGUGUGGAUCUCCUCUGCCUGCGGUCCGAAUCGGAAUUUUGUCGCAACAAUCACGGCGCGGCGCUCUCCACCUACCUAGAGAUAUGCGCUCUUGUAACCAAUUCGUUCAUUCAACCGCUACCUGGCUUCAUACGCUGUGAAAAGGUGAGUGGAUAAAUUCAGAUCAUUCAUGCACUCUUACCUCAUAUUUUGCGAAAACAACACCGCUAUUUUUCGGUAAUAGUGACCCCAAUAAUGACAUCUGCUAGCAAUCAUGCAUCUAGUAGUCGCCUUUUAUACUACCAUUUAAUGAAGUACCGGUGCACAAUAAUGAGAAGUUGGGUAUCCAUUAGAUUUCCUUACCCCGAGUCCAAUAUUAGGUAUCAGAAGUACGCUGUGAACUCUUUGACAUGUGAUCACAAGCACUCGCGUUCAAGCUAUGGAUACUACGUGGUCACCCGCAUCCACACAGACUCGAACCGGUGACCUGUGGUUUAGAAGUUCGACGCCUAGACUGCCCCACCACCAGUCAACCGGUCCAAGUACAAAUUCAUUUAGAGAGGAACAUGCGUAGUCCAAUUUCAAGAUCAUAAGCCAUAAAGCUAGAAUUACUCUGUGGUUUCCC